UCGUGGAAUGAGGAAACUCCGGAGGAGAUCCCAGAAAAAGUUGUGAAUCUCGUGGAAUCAUUGCUGAAAGAAGCAGAUUUCAAGAAAGACUGGGACAAGAAAGAAUUAGAAACACCAGCUCAUCCUUACAUAAAUAUCUCUUUUAAUAUUUGGGAUUUCUCUGAAGAGAUUUUUCAUCUUCUUCCUCAUCAGAUAUUCGCAACUUCUCAGGCUAUAUAUGUCUAUGUUCUAGACUUGAACCGCGCUGUUGAUGAGCCAAUCACCAACGUAACUGGAUUUAGUGAGACAACGCCCCUGGCGAAUUUAACGUUUACCCCUUUAAGUUUGCUUCACGCAUGGCUGACCGUGCUUUAUUUGACUGUUGCGCAGAAUAACAAAAUCAACAGUGAUACUGAUGAAGACAAUCUUCCAGAGGAAAAAAACGGAAUUCCUGCACUUCGACCCCCCGUGGUUAUUAUUGGAAUGCUGAGAAAAUCAGAUAACAUAACCGAAGAAAGGCAACAUAUCAUGGCGGAAGAAAUGUUUGUAAAAAUUAGAGAAAGUCUUCGGGAUUCUCCGUAUAAACACCACGUGGUACCCACUUGUUUUAUGCUCGACUGGAGAGAUACGGAGAUGCUGGAAGAACAGAUGGAGAGACUAAGAGAGACGAUGAGGAUGCUGGCUGUAAACCAACCCCAGAUGCCUGUAGAAGUUCCCUUGCGAUGGCUAGCCUUUGAGAGGGAGAUGGCAAAUUUGCUGAAGAAAGACGUUUACAUGGCAAACUACUGUCAGCUUUAUGAGAUCGCCCAAAGACAAGGAAUUGGCAAAGACGACGAGUUCUGGGCAAUGUUGGACUUCUUACACGAUCAGGGAAAACUCUUAUCGUUUCCCUGUAAUCUAGUUGACAGAACCAGAGACAAGUGGGAGGGAAUCGCUGUUCUGAGCCCCCAGUGGUUCAUUAACCACAUUUACAAAGUUUUCAACCCUUCGUUAAUAUCAACUAAAAUUGAGCAACCGAAGGAGAACCAAAGUGAAUGUACUAGUGCAACCAGUGGUUAUCUUACUGAUGAGUAUUUUAAUUCAAUAUGGAGUGAUGUUGCAGAUUGCAAGCAGACGUUCAUUGGAAUUCUAGAAAAUCUGGAUCUUUUGUGUGAACCUGGAAAAGAAGAAAAGCAGGACCCAGACAGCGUCGACAAGAAGUUGGACAAUAUAUAUUGGAUUCCUUGGGUUGCUAGGAAACAGAGACCACACACCACGACUUUAACAGACGAGUCCUGCUGUCUACGCUUGUACAUAGACUUUCAUGACUUGUUACCAGUAGGGUUAUUUUCCCGCCUGGUGGCGAGACUUGGAAACUGGGCAUGUAGACAGGAAUGGAGAAAGUUACCUCAAUUAUCUGCUGAUCAGGGUCGAAUUGCUGUACAUCCGGGACAUGAUUUACUAAUUGAGAAAACUCUGUUUGCUCACGCACAAAUUAUGAUUACUGUAAUGCGAGUAUUCAAAGCUGAUCACCCAGACUGGAGUAACAGGCCACCCUCAGUACAAGUGUGUGAGAAAGUGCGCCAUCUUCUGGAAGCUGAGCUUGAAAAAUUGCGUAACAGCUGGUACAAACGUUUGUACUUCUGUCUUUGCGUGUCAUGCCCAUGCAAGAAGACUUGUGUACAACACGGCAUACCAGGAUGUGGAGGUCGUUCAUGUCUUCAUCUGCUACCACUCAAUGAUUGCCUAGCCCAGAAGACAGUUCAGUGUGAAUACAGAGUUGUAAAGACAGACUUCAUCCGAAAAUUAUUUCCCUUUUCCUCAUUGAACGAUUGUGAAGCUUCGAGUUACACUGACCUCCGCCAUCUUCCUUUUAAGAAUGACACGACGAAGUAUUGUUGGGAUCAUUACAAAAAAGAACAAAGCUGGAUUAAAGUUGCCUCGAGUCUUCUCAACGACGUUAACGCGGGAAAUGACUGGCUUUCUUUAGCAAAACGAUUAGGUUACAGCGAACGAGUUACCACGAGGUUCCAAGACGAAGCUAACCCUAGUCAGGCCAUGAUUGAGGAUUGGUUAAAAAUUAAUGGCAGAACCCGCUACUGCGUGGAUUUAUUGGUGUCUUGUUUAAGUCAGAUUGGGAGGGAAGACAUAAGCGAAAAAAUUCUGGCCAAUCUAGAGCCCGAGAAUCCUUGUCCUUCUGUGUUCAUUAGUUACCAGUGGGAUGCACAAGAACUAGUAAUUGAACUUCGAAGGAGGUUGGAGCUUGCUGGCUAUCCAUGUUGGAUGGACGUUGGUCAGCUUGGAGGUGGAGAUUCUCUCUAUGGGAAGAUUUAUGAAGGCAUUAGUGGAGCAAAGGUGGUGCUCUGUUGUCUAACACCGCGAUAUGUAACGUCACUCACCUGUUCUCGUGAGAUCAGUCUGGCCGAUGUUUUAAGAAAACCGGUUAUUCCUGUGAUGGUAGAGCCGACUCCUUGGCCACCCCCUGGACCACUAGCUAUAGUACUUAGUUCACUUGUGUAUAUAGACAUGUGCGGAGUUGGCGGACAUGGUGGCAGUGGGAAACAGGCUGAUUGGGAACAGAGAUUUAAUGAAAUUGUCGAUAAGGUUUUUCCCUACCUUGCUAGUGAAAUGACUCAGAGGGCGCCACAUACGCAAGUAAAACCUUACACACCUUCACGAGCCAUUUUAAUAAGCUGGGAUGAAUAUGUUAAUGAAAGUGAUGGUAUUAUUUCUGCAUUUUUAAUCUCAAAAUCUAAUCUGUACAAGCUGAGAGUUGGCGGACAUGGUGGCAGUGGGAAACAGGCUGAUUGGGAACAGAGAUUUAAUGAAAUUGUCGAUAAGGUUUUUCCCUACCUUGCUAGUGAAAUGACUCAGAGGGCGCCACAUACGCAAGUAAAACCUUACACGCCUUCACGAGCCGUGUUAGUUGAAGAUUACUGGUCAGGAUUUGUCACUGCGGAAGUUGGACCAACCAGCUCACAGGAG